UUAAAAUAUUUUUUUAGUUUAGGUAUAAUAUUAAUUUAUUUUAACUUAAAUAUAAUUUAAGUAUUUGUAGUUUUUAAUUUGCAUAAUAUUAGAACCUAUUUUUUGCAGAAUGCUCGUUGUGUUUUUAAUACGUUAGAAAUGGUAUACGUUCAUUUUGCUCGUCCAUCUAACAAUACGAAACUCUGUAAAAUUCAAUUGGAUCUAGGAUUAAAAAAAGGAAGUAUCCUCAGAGUAUGCGACACUCGGUGGGUGUGCCGAUUUAAAAAUUGUGAAGCAAUGAUAAAUAAUUACAUUGCUAUAUUAGAAUAUUUAAAUAACGAAAUUGAAGAGCAAUCUGAUAAAGAUGUUGUCGAAGCAAUAGGUAUUCUUAGUGAAUUACAGAAGUGUACAUUUUUUAUUGGGGUUAUUUUAUUAAAAGAUGUGCUUAGUAUUAUUAACAUACUAAGUACCACAUUACAAUCAAAAACUGGCACUCUGGGUAAAGCUAAAAACAUUAUAAAUGGUGUAAUACUAUCAUUUGAAAAAUUACGUUGUGAUGAAGAAUUUCUUAUAUUUUGGAAAAAAGUUGAAUUAUUAGCAGAACAAAAUAGUAUUACUCUCGAUAUACCUGACAUAAGAAAACGCAAAAGAAUACAACCAAAAUAUUUGAACAGUUUUCAUGUGGAAACUGUCACUGGGGAAGAAAAUAAUAUUAACUCCUUAACAGUUGAAGAUUAUUGGAAAAAAAAUCUUUAUUUCCCAAUAAUUGAUGGUAUCAUUAUUAAUUUAAAAAAAAGAUUUUCCGAGGAAAGUUUAUCAAUGGCAUCAUCUAUUGAUUGUUUUUUGAAUCUUGAUUUCAAUGGAAGUUAUUUAUUUAUAAAUCAUUAUAAGGAUGUUAUGAAUGUUUCAGUAGAUAUGCUCAAAGCUGAAAUGAUGGUCUUUAAAAAUUGCUUGCCUACAAAUUUCAGUUUUAGUGAUGUUAAAAAUAACAUACAAAAAGUAACAUAUCCUAAUUUGUACAAACUUAUUCAGUUCCCCGUCAAGAUUUGUUUUGCCAUGAUAAAUGACAAAAUUUUAACAAAGCGCAAGGACAGUCUUUGA